AUGAGUCAAUAUACAGAGUAUGAGAUUAAUCAGGCUCUUAAUGCGAUCUCUAAUGGGCUUAGCGUGCGAAAAGCUGCAUUGCAGUAUGGGGUCCCAAAGUCUACUCUUUAUGAUCGUAUCCAAGGCACCCAAUCAAGAGAUAUUGCCUUCUCAGAUCUACAGAGGCUCUCUCCAACCCAAGAAAGCCAUUUGGCUGAAUGGAUUCGAAUCCAGGCUGCCCUAGGCCUACCACCAACCCAUCAACAACUCAAGGAAUUCGCUGAGCGUAUCCUACAGAUCCAUGGAGACGCCAAGCCUCUAGGGAAGAACUGGGUUCAGGCUUUUAUCAAGAGAAACCCAUCUGUAAGGGUCCAGAGAAGCAGAGCAAUUGAUUCCCAGCGCAUCAACGGAGCCUCAACUAAUGUCAUCAGGCAAUGGUUCAAGCACCUCGCCAUCCCUGAGAUCAUAGCCAUUAAAGCCUCCAAUCGAUACAAUAUGGAUGAGUCUGGUAUUCUGGAAGGCAGAGGAUCAAAUGGGCUUGUUCUUGGAUCAUCAGAAACUCGUUCUAUCCGCAAGAAACAGCCUGGAUCGCGUGCUUGGACAUCUCUGAUUGAGUGUAUCUCUGCAACUGGCAAGGCACUGCCUCCACUUGUUAUAUAUAAGGGCAAGAGUGUCCAGCAGCAGUGGUUUCCUCUAGAUCUGACGCCAUACGAAUCCUGGAAGUUCACAGCAACAGAAAACGGGUGGACUUCAGACUCUACAGCUGUUAAGUGGUUGACAGAGGUCUUUAUACCUUCUACCCAGCCAGCAGACCCCUCAGAGGUCAGAUUGUUGAUCUUGGAUGGUCAUGGAAGCCAUGAGACUACUGCUUUCAUGUAUACAUGCUUCAGAAACAAGAUACACUUGCUGUUCUUGCCAGCACACACGUCACACGUCCUUCAGCCACUUGAUCAGUCGGUUUUUGGGCCCCUCAAGGCAGCAUACAAGAAGGAGCUUGGAUUACUUGCUGAAUGGGAUGCUGGUACAGUUGUGGGCAAGAGAAAUUUCGUUGUAUGCUAUGGCAAGGCGCGUAAGGCAGCCCUGACAAGCAAGAAUAUCAUCAGUGGCUGGAAAUGGACUGGUUUGUGGCCUAUCAGUAUGGCUAGACCCCUCAUGAGCCCUCUGCUGCUUGAGAACACUUCAACCCCUGCCAAACCAGCUGGUCAGGUCUGCAAAGGGCUCUCUGAUGGCAAAGCAAGCGAAAAAUGGGCGGCAGAUACAUCAGCAGUCCCUUGGUCAACCCCCAAGAAGAGGGAUGAGCUUCAGGAUCAGUUCAGCCUGUUCAGCAAGCUGGAUAACGAUGAGCAUACGCAACGCCUGCUUUUUCGGAAGGUUCAGAAGGGCUUUGAUGAGAAGGCAUACCAACUGGCAGUAGCCCAGCGAAAGAUUGAGGCACUACAAGCAGAGGUUGAUGCCAGUAGGGCCAGGAAACGCAAGAAGGUCAAAAUGAGCCCAAAUUCGAAGUUUGCUGAUAUUGAGGCUAUUCGGAGGGCUCAAAUCGAGGCGGGAGAACUUAUUCCUCGCGUCAACAAGGGGAGACCUAUUGACCACACAAUCAACGUCCGCUUCACGAAAGUUCAGGCGUUCUUGGAAUACUUUUUUCCGAAGGCGAGCGAGAGCCUUUUCAACAGGGUGGUGAAAGGGCUGCAAGACAACAAGUUCAAAAUUCGACCGGAGUGGAACCUCUCUCCAGCCCCAUCUUUGAAAACAACCAGUCCGGUGGUGUCAGACGAGAUCAUUCCCUCACUGGAACAUGGAGACGUGGAGUCUGUAGCUGGCAUUGGUAAAGUUACCGGCGACGAGCUUGAGCUCACUGACGGCAGAAUUCUUCAAGUGGAUGCCAUUGUUUAUUGCACUGGAUACAAGGCCGACUUCAGCAUCCUUGAUCCGAAGGAUGACCCAGCAAAUACGCCGAACCCAGAGUGGGUUGCUGCGAAGGGAGCGAGGGGUAAACCACUUCCGAGACUCUACAAAAAUGUUCUGUCUGAGAAGUAUCCGGAGUCUCUUGCGUUCAUGGGUUGCGUAGCCUUUGCAACUGGUGCGUUUCAGCCGUAUGACCUAGCAGCUAUGGCGAUUGUUCAGAAUUGGAAAGAAGCUUCACCCUUGCCCUCCGCGGAAGAUAUAGCACGUUCCAUUGAUAGGCAGCAUGCAUGGACAACAGCCCUAGCUAAGGAGAAAAAUGUCAUGCCUGCGGUCGUGAACGGGCUUAAAUGGACAUCUUGGGCCGAUCGUACAGCUGGCACCGGCGUGAACGAGUAUUUGGGAUGGGGAUGGAAAGGCUUGAAGUUUUGGCUCCAAGAGCCUCAGUUCUGCGAUCUUUUGAUGGGUGGCAUUUAUAGCCCGCACAUUUAUCGCUACUUUGAUGGGAAAAGGAAGAAGUGGGCCGGAGCGAGAGCUGAGAUUGAAAGAUCGCAUAGAGUAGACUCAGCAAAGUCUAAGACUGUCUAG